AUGACAACACGACGUUACAAUCCUUUACUUGAUUCAUGGGUAAUUGUGGCUGCUAAUAGAUUAAAAAGACCUUGGAGUGGAGAAAAAUAUGAUAAUGAUUGUCUUAAUAACCAUAACAAUAUUUUAAUUGAUUUACCUAAAAGUAAUCCCUUAGCUCCUGGUGCAUUGAGAGAUAAUGGUGAAAGAAAUCCAAUGUAUAAUGGAAUUUAUGUAUUUGAAAAUGACUUUCCAACUUUUAAUAAAUAUAAACAAGACAUCAAAAAAAAUCAUUCUGAGAAAGAUGAUCUGUUUGUAGAGGAAAAUGAGUUAUCCGGUAUAUGUAAAGUUAUUUGUUAUAGUGAAAAAACAAGUGAUAGAUUGAGUAUAAUGAGUGUUGAAAAAAUUUGUAAUAUUUUAAAUACUUGGUGUGAAGAAUUUGAAAAAUUAAAGUAUGAAUUUGAUUGGAUACAAAUUUUUGAAAAUAGAGGUGCACAGGUUGGAUCGAGUAAUGAUCAUCCACAUUGUCAACUUUGGGCAAUGAAUUAUAUUCCAUCAAUACCAUUACAAAAAGAUAAAAUGCAAAAAUUAUAUUAUGAAAAAAAUAGAAAAAAUAUGCUUUAUGAAUAUAUGAAACGUGAAAUAGAAAAAAAAGAAAGAAUUAUUGUUGAAAAUGAGGAUUGGAUUGUUUUAGUACCAUAUUGGGCAUUUUGGCCAUUUGAAACAAUGAUCCUACCAAAAUUUAAUAUUCAAUAUAUAACUGAAUUGACAGAAUCAAAAAAAAAGUCAUUUGCCAUUAUUUUAAAAAUAUUACUUUUAAAAUAUGAUUUAAUAUUUGACUAUCCAUUUCCUUAUAUGUUUGGAAUAAUAAAUGCACCAAGUGGAGAAUACUUAAAUAAAUUUAAAGAUUAUUGGCAACUUCAUUUUCAUUUUUAUCCUCCCUUACUACGAUCAUCUACAAUUAAAAAACAUCUUGCUGGUUUUGAAGUGUUUUCUGAGCCUCAAAGAGAUUUGACACCAGAAGAUGCUGCUAGUAUAAUAAAAAAACAACAAAAUAAUGAAAUACACGAACUUUUAAAGUAUUGUAAAUAA